CUUCGUUCAGUCUUGCAACAAUCAUGGCCGACAGCCCAGGAAGCCAGUGCACGAACGAGGAUCCCACUGGACCGGACUCAGCCGCAUCUCAGGCUACACUGGUUAUCACCCCUGCCAAUGCCGCCGCUAAAUUUGCGUUCUCCGAAGUCUCAGACUGGAUCUUGGAACAACCAGGGGUUGAGGAAGAGGGAGGUCAGGGCGAGACACCGACAACAAAAGCACGGGCUCAUGCAGCGCAGUUCAUGUGGUGCGAGCCAGAGAAGCGGAUAGACGCCGAUGUUACUAGGUUUCUGCGUCGCAAUGCUUUCGGGCAGCUGUCAUCCUCGUCGCCCAGCUCUUCAAUUAGCGCUCCUCCGCCUGCCCAUGACGGAGUCACGACGGCACCAGAGUCUCAAGUUCUGGCCGGCAGCGUCAAAUCUAUCUGGACUGGAUGCUACUUCCUUGACCUCGUCCGCAACCUGCGUGGGUGGGCAGCUGGUCGAGUCCGGCUCCAAGAGCCUAACAACGACUUCGUCAUGGCGAUGGAAGACUCUCCCCUCUAUGGUAUGAGACAACGACAUGCAAUUGUGAAGGUCCAUAAGGAAAGCGGUCGCAUAUAUAUCCAAAAAGCUUCGUCCCGGUCAGAGGUCGAGAUUGACGGCGUGCCGUUGACACUCGGUGGGAUCCAUCUUCUUAACAACUAUUCCACCCGAGUCCGUUUUGGUGAGCUGGCGUAUCAGAUGGAAUACACUCGUUUUGCGCAGACUCCGGCUCACAGCAUCAAACUCCGGAGAUACAUCAACGAAGUAUAUGGUACAGAUCUAAGUAUUUCGCGCUUAGCCCUGACUCCAACUCCGUCUCCAGCCAACUCUAUCAAGGUUGGCAUCUGGGAUCUAACCAACGCUGGAACCAUCGGCACGGGCGGUGUGGGCCGCGUGAGUAUCGGAGUGAAUUCUACCGGCAAGGUAGUUGCACUCAAGCGCGUCUCGAUAUUUGGGAGAGAUGCCGAGAUUGUACAGCGGCGGACCAGAACGAUGGAGUCUCUCACGCGACUCGCAACCUCGGCAGGGGAGGAGCGUAUUAUGCGCCUCGUUGAAAUCAUCACUGACGAUCAUACACGGCGCAAUCUCACAACUGAUGUGUGGUUCGCCCUCGAACCAGCCGUAGAGGGAACCCUAGCUAUUGUAGAGCUUGAAGCAAACACUCUCCAACACAGACUCUCCAAAGUCCAGCAUAUCACCACCCAAAUCCUAGGAGCCCUUGACUUUCUGCAUUCCGAAAACUGGAUACAUGGCGACAUCAAAUCCGCCAACAUCGGCGUGCGAAAUUGGAACCACUCCAGCCCAUCCAUAGUCCUACUCGACAUCGACGAUGCCAUCCACGCACCGACGCGGUUCGUGUCUCCCAACCCGGGCCACGGCGGCACCGUGGGCUGGCUGUCGCCCGAGAGGGAGAUGACGGGCUUUACUGCGACCACCGAUGUGUGGGCAGUCGGCGUGCUGACGUUCCUACUCUUGUUCGGAGAGCAUCCCUGGCAGCAAAGGGUAAAUCCCUGGCGUCGGGAUGUGCAGGACGAGUCGCAACGGCCGCGGUUUCUCGAGGUGUAUGAGCGUGCUGUUGAAAGAGUGAAGGCCUUGGAUUAUGGAGCACUCCGCGUCGCAACCCUACAAAUGGUGCGGCACCCGUACGCGCAAGACACGAAUCAACGCCAAGAGCGUCCGAUGGCUAGAGAGAUCCUACUUCUACUUGAUGUCGAGGGCGAUUCUAGCGAUUUACAGGACCAAGAUGAACCAUCGGCGAAGAGAAACCGUCGAGAAUCUUAGACGGAGGUGCGGUCCACUUGCAAGGCACCCUACGUCUAAGUAAUGUCCCAGCCUGUUCCGUGGUCUAAUUACCUCGUAGCCUACCACGUGAGCGAGAUCCUCCAGGAAGGUGAAGAUGCGAGUAGGGCAUGACUUACCAAAUUAUAUCUAAACUAUAGUGAUUCUAGAGUCCGAUAUACCAGUAUCUGUGCUGUCGAACUCAGUGACGAGCCAUCCAGGGCAUUCGUAAU